CUGGUCUGAGGAACCAGCGUCUAGUCUUACCCUGUGUCUGGCAGUCCAUAUGGCCUGUACAUAUCACUUAGUCUGAGUCAGUUUCCGCAUGGGUCAGCUGGGUUAGUAGCUCCUUAGGGUUCCAUGCAGCUCUCACAGACUUCUUGAUUUCCUGGGCGUGAGGCAAUGAAUCUUGGGUGUUACCCCAGACAAAUGAGGCCACUUCAUCAUCGUUCUUGAGGCACAGAGGUGCUGAGCUUCCACAUUUCUCUCCACUCCCUAUUCUUGGGUGAUCCCUUCACCUUGGGUGCCCUGUUGCCCUAGGCCUUGGCACGUGUUGUCAAUGUAUGGCUGUGGGAGGAGGCUGGUCUUGUCUUCAGUGAUCCUUGGAUUAGAAGGAUUAGAAGUGACAAGGUGGACUGGAGCUCCCCCUGCAGGACAGUGAGCAACACUGAUCCCUUGUCCUCUGCUCCAAAACAGGAUGUGUGGCAGGUUCCUGCGGCGACUGCUGGCGGAGGAGAGCCGGCACUCCACCCCCGUGGGGCGCCUCCUGCUUCCCGUGCUCCUGGGAUUCCGCCUUGUGCUGCUGGCUGCCAGUGGGCCUGGAGUCUAUGGCGAUGAGCAGAGUGAAUUCGUGUGUCACACCCAGCAACCAGGCUGCAAGGCUGCCUGCUUUGAUGCCUUCCACCCCCUCUCCCCGCUGCGUUUCUGGGUCUUCCAGGUCAUCUUGGUGGCUGUACCCAGCGCCCUCUACAUGGGUUUCACUCUGUAUCACGUGAUCUGUCACUGGGAAUUAUCAGGAAAGGGGAAGGAGGAGGAGACCCUGAUCCAGGGAGGGGAGGGCAACACAGAUGUCCCAGGGGCUGGAAGCCUCAGGCUGCUCUGGGCUUAUGUGGCUCAGCUCGGGGCUCGGCUUGUCCUGGAGGGGACAGCCUUGGGGUUGCAGUACCACCUGUAUGGGUUCCAGAUGCCCAGCUCCUUUGCAUGUCGCCGAGAGCCUUGCCUUAGUAGUAUAACCUGCAAUCUGUCCCGCCCCUCUGAGAAGACCAUUUUCCUGAAGACUAUGUUUGGAGUCAGUGGGUUCUGUCUCUUGUUUACUUUUCUGGAACUUGUGCUUCUGGGUUUGGGGAGAUGGUGGAGGACCUGGAAGCACAAAUCUUCCUCUUCUAAAUGCUUCCCAACUUCAGAGAGCACCAGAAGACACAAGGAAGCAACCGAUAGCCUCCCAGUGGUGGAAACCAAAGAGCAGUUUCAAGAGGCAGUUCCAGGAAGAAGCUCAGCCCAGGAAAAACAAAGACCAAUUGGACCCAGAGAUGCCUGAGUUGGAGAUGAACUUUGGCCAACUUUCCUCAUCACUAUACUAAAAAUCCUGCCCAAGGAGGAGCUUAUUAACCAUUUUCUAUACAUGUGACAUAUGUAGAAGCAUGACCGACAACUGGGACUGCACUGCCUUGACUCCACCUGUACAUACAGUGACUCAGCUAACCAGACUAAUAAAAGCCAUGUUUGCACCGUUGCUCAGGGAGGCAAUGCUUUGGGGAAUUAUUCCCAGUGUCCUCCUUACUUAUUGCAAGUAAUAAAAUCCCCCUGGGAAAUC